UAAACUGAUCAUGUCUUGGACUAAUUACUUGCCUCAUGGUAGAGUAGGUAUUUACCACAUACUGGUAUGAAAUCAACUAACAAAGUAACAGCUAGUACUUGCCGUGUGAGUGAGGCAAGAUGGUAUUGUGCAGUCUGAACUGAAUAAAGCAGGAUUACUUACAGUGUCAUGUUCCAAGGAAUGACAUGGUGGGACACGAGGUCAAACGUGGGAUCCAUGUAGUGUUAACAUAAUCUUUGAACAUGUCAUUCCUUGGACCCUAAAGGUGCAGCAUCAGCAGCUGCUUGUAUCAUCUUCUAGCAUUCACAUUUGACCGGAGACUGCACUAUAAAAUGCAAUGUUGAAUUUAAUGGAUGGCCCAAAGAAACUGUUUGGCUAACUACAGGAUCUUACCCUGUUGCUUGGAGACAUUCCACUUGUUUUGUUGCUGAUUAGGUAGUGCUAUUACUUACUCAGACAUGCAGUCCUGCAAAUGCUACAAUCUAGGAGGACUCAAGGACAUGGUGCUGAAGCUGUCGGGCUCAACACAGAGGCAGGGCGGUGGCCCGAAGCGCGGGGGCUCGCCGCCGCCGAGGGGCCGGGCGACGACGUCCCUGUACCGCAGCGGCUACUACCGCCCCGGCGUGGUGCAGGAUGACAUGGCCGUGCCACCCGCCACGUACCUUGGCCACGGCGCCGGUACAAUGUCCAGCGCGAGCUCCACGCCGGCGUGGGAGAGGCCUCCCAGCGGCAAUGGCAAUGGCAAUGGCGGCGGGGGCGAGGCGGCGGUGAGGGAGUGGGUGGCGCAGGUGGAGCCCGGGGUGCAGAUCACGUUCGUGUCGCUGGCGGGCGGCGUGAACGGCGCCGGCGGGAACGACCUGAAGCGCAUCCGGUUCAGCCGGGAGAUGUUCGACAAGUGGCAGGCGCAGCGGUGGUGGGCCGAGAACAGCGAGCGGGUCAUGGAGCUCUACAACGUCCGGCGGUUCAGCCGCCACGUGCUCCCCGCCACCCCUUCCCACGAUGGCGGCGGUGGUGGCGAGAGGGAGUCGUUCUACUCGCAGUCGCAGGCCGACUCCACAGCGGCCAGCAGCCCGGCCGCGACGCCGGCACCGUCCUGGGCCCGCGCACCUCCGCCCGUGGUCGGUGGUGCUGGCGGCGCUGGGAGGCAGCAGAGCUUCCGCGGCCCGCUAUCGCCGCCGCCGCCGUCGUCGUCCAACCCGUCGGAGCGCGCCUGGCACCAGCUGCGGCAGACUGGCGGCGUGGAGGCGGAGGCGGUGGAGCCGGCGCGGACGACCACCGGCUCGGAUUCUUGCCGGGACGACGUGUCCGUGAGCAACGCGAGCGAGAUGGAGGUGACGGAGUGGGUCAUCCAGGACGAGCCCGGGGUGUACAUCACCGUGCGCGAGCUCCCCGACGGCGCCCGCGAGCUCCGCCGCGUCCGCUUCAGCCGUGAGAAGUUUGCAGAGCUGAAUGCGAAGCUGUGGUGGGAGGAGAACAAGGAGAGGAUACACGCGCAGUACCUCUAAUCUGAAUUCUGCAUUGGUAAACCUGAGCUCAGAUUUCACUUCAGAGAAAGCUUCAAGCUUUGCGCAAUGGGAUGGGGAAAGAUUAAUAUCUCAUACUAGUACUUAAUUUACAAGUAUAUAUGGAGGAGUUAAUUUGUGUUUGGGGUUUGGAGCUGGGAAAGAGAUACUGGGGAGGGUGAGGGAAAGAAGUGCUUAUUAGGGUUAAUCUAGGCUAGUGCCAUGGCCAUGGCCAUAGCAAGGUAAUUUGUGGACUAGAUGCAGGUGUGUAUUAUGGUCAUGUUAAGAACCUAUCACAUCCUUGUCUGAGUGUGUUUAAUCCUCAUUUUCUAAGCAUGCAAAAAAACAUAUUAUUUCAGAGGCUGAGAGUGAGAAGUACUGAUCUAUUUAUCUGCCUA